CGCGAGCCUCCGUAAGCCCCCCACCUUCACCCCCACCCCACCCCGCGUCAUCCCGACAACGCUUGGUCGCUUCAUUUCAAACUCGCCAUUAGUUCCUCCGCGGCAAAGAUUCCACGGCUCGAGAUGGCGGUGAACUCCGCGGAGCAGGCCGAGGCGCCUUGGGAACCUCCGAGCGAGGCGGAGAUGAAGGUGAUGACUGCUCGACGCGAGCGGCAGGACAAAAUCAGCAAGAUCAUGGGCGAAUACCUCCUCAAGGGAUACAAGAUGCUGGGCGAAGGCUGCGAUGAGUGCGGGACGAUCCUGCUGCAGGACAGGCAGCGGAAGAACUACUGCGUUGCGUGCAUGGAGUUGGACUCGGACGUCGAUAAAGACAACCCAGCCCUGAACCCUCAGGCCGCGUUGUCCCAGGUGCGCGAGCGCCGCAUUAAGGUGGCGGCGGCGGCAGCGGCGGCAACGACAGAAAUGGAGGGGGACGCCGGCAUUGACGGCGCAGAGGAGCGCGGGGCCCGUCCCGCGGGGCCCCGCGCCGAACCGGCAGGGCUCGCCGUGCCGGACGUCCGCCCUGGCCUCUCGGCUGGGCAAGGGGGGGGUCCUGUGGGUGCCACAGCCCCCCUGACCACUCUCUCCAGCACCUUGUCGGGCCUCACAUCGUCAACCGGCCUGUCCCGCCCUGGUGGGCGUGACGGCUCCGGCGCCGGCAGCGGUGGCGCCGUGUCGCGGACUGUCGCCCGACGGGGCGUGGAGGAGGCCGAGGCGGUGCUCGUGUGCAAGAUGGCGUGGGCAUCGCGCGAGCUCCAGCACACCGCCUCGGUGGAGGGCAGCACCCAGCUGUGUGCCCUGCUCAAGGUCUGCGCCGACUCGCUCCUCGCCGUGCGUCGCCUCCUGUAGCCGUGACGCGCCAACGGCUAGGGGGUCGGUGAGGUGGGAGAGACAGGAGGUGAGGGGAGCCACGGAGAUGGUGGGGGAGCCGGGAGGGGAGGUCGAUGAGCGAUGGAGGGUGAGCGGUAGCGAUGGGAGAAGGGUGGAUUUGGUGUCGCGCGUGAAGUUGUGCCACGUGACGAGGUGCGUGUGUCACCGUGGAGCGUGGUGAGGUGCAGCGAUUGAGUGGAACGCAUCGUAAUGAAGGGAUGUGGAACGUAUUGGAAGUGCGUGAAAAGGAUGGAACACGUUGAGGUAGGCGAAGGAUGUUUAACGUCCCGAGGUGGAUUUAGGAGAUGAAACGUGUUUAGGCAGAGGAAUUGGCUGGAACGUAUUGAGGUGGAACAUGUUGAGUUGAGCUGGAGGGAUGUAUGGAGGAGGGUCUAACAGUUGACACUGGUGGAGCAUGCAAGGUGGGGCGAGGUUUCGCGUGGGAGAGCUGCACGUUUUUCACGCACGCAAUCGCCCCGGUCGCCCGCUAUUAAGCAACAGCAGCGCGAGUUAUAAAACAACACGGUGCGGGGAGACCGCGGGCGAGAGCACAAGGCGCGUGUAACUCACUACUAACACCGUCACAUCCCCCGUACACCCGUGUCGUGACGUAUUGAUGUUGAUUACGAAGUUGUUGUGGGGGGCAGGGGAAAUGCAGUCUUUGUGGACACUACAUUGCCUGCUGGUGGGAAUAGUUUGUCAAUUUUGUGAGACCGGGGUAUGUGACCUCACACCACUGUCCCGAGUUACCUGUGCCCACGCCUCCAUUUUGGGAAAAGCAUUCUUGCAUUCUGCUUUCGCCAAACAAUGAUGGGUCAUACAGAGCGAAGUAAAAUUAUAAUAGUAUAAUAUAAAGAGAUGGAAAUAUGAAUUACAAAAAAGUCCUGGCGCUUUUGUUAAAAUCACCGCAACUCAUAAAAAUACUGCCAGAGCCAAUUAUAUUUGUGUUUGGCGCUCACAGGGCAUGGCAAUUGGUGGGUUAGUUUGCGUGUGUUUAUUAGCACAAUCAUUAUUGGCUGGUACACUAUUUUUCAGAGCGGCAGACUUCUAUUAGAGUUGGCAUUCAUUUCAAUUGGGAUAAGUGAGGGAUUUUCAGUUUUGUGUGGUGACCGGCGCUAAAUAUUAUCCAAGUCCAGAUUGGUGACCCACACAGUAUAUCAACAUUCGUCACCGCAUCCAGCAUACCUCUCACUAUUAUGGGCUGUGGCUGCUAUGAGCCACGUGCCGCCGACCCCAGUCUACCAGCCACCUGGGCAAUGUUUGUCGUGACUGACCACUCUCUUAGCUUGAGACCUGUUGGCAGGAGUGGUGAAUAAUGGGGACGGUGCCGAGUGGUGGCCACUAGACUAUACCCAGGGACUCCAGCCAAUUGGGGCGUGCAACGCUGUAUACUCUACCGCAGGCGACGUGGUGAGCGCUCCUGCGUAGGUUUUCGCGGUCGUGCCGUGUAGCUCUCCGAUGUGUUUUAGUGUUCGUGGAGCGAGACCAAUUCCGUUUCCGGGAGGAGCUCCCAGCACGCGGAGCAAAGAGUUGGACAUCGUUGCCGAGACAACACGCGGUACAACCCGACAGCACAUUAGAGAGUGAUGGUCACUUCGUUAAUGUGAGUGACCUCUGGAUAGCUUACUGAAGCGUUUUUUUUAUUCCUUGCCCCCCCCCCCACCCCCAAAGUCAUUUGUUUAAAUGUGCAUUAAACUUAACAUGUCUGAAGGCUUUUCCCACACACACUGUUGAAUGUUGGCGAUGCAUUUGAGCAUAUUAACGUGAAAUGAAUAAAAACUACGUAAGUUACUUC